AUGUACGGACGCGGAAAGGGAGACAAACUUGCUGCUGUGGCAAAGCUUCUGCUCACGCUGGCAGGAGACGGCCGUGGCAGCUGCGCAUACCUGAAGCAGCGGACACCAACAACCGCCAAAAAAGCGGUCCACGAAGAAGAGGCAGCCGUCCCGCCACCCCCGCACAAGGGGGAAAACGGGGCGGCUGCAAUCCUGCCCAGCGCCGCCACUGACGACGCCGUGGCUGCUCUCAAAGCCGCGAUGGCGACAGAGAGAGCGGCAGGUCGUCGGUCUCCAUCGGGUGCUGCAAGAGUUACGGGAAGAAAUCCGGCUGAUGCAAAAGAAGACACCCGCCCCCGUUGCCGCCCCUACGGUGGUACGACAAGUUGGGGUGGAUGUGUCUACGCAAACGGAUAUGUCCACGCAGACGGAUGUGUCCGCUCAAACGGACGUCGCCCCGGAACCUGUAGCAAUAAAGGAGACCGGGUAGACGCCCAUGGACGUGGUGCAGUCUGUCUCUCCGCCGCCGCCGCCGCGGCCGCCGCUGCCGCCGCCGCCGCCGCCUGA